UGGCGCCUCCCCGGCUGGCCGCGCCCGGCGCCGCCCCUGCCGCGUGGCCCUCGGGCGGGGUCGAGGGCUGGCGCUGGCUGGGCGGUCGGCGGCCCGGGAGAGGCAGGGAGACCGUGGUUACGAGCGGUUGGCUCUGUGGUUCUUGUUUGGGCCUCUGCCGAUAAUACAGUAAAGCAUCGAGUCUGAGUGUGUUCAGCGCCCGCAACAUUUGGCGCGGUCGGUAGGACUGCAGAAGACGACAAAGGAUGCGGCCAUCAUCGCAGCUGGACGGUCCUCCUGGCGGCCUGACGUUUCAGAAUGAGUCACCAGGCCGCCCCUCGUCCGUCCAGACGCUGCCCUGGGCCGGGGUCGGGUCAGCCCCCGACCCGCCCGUGUCGGCGGCUGGCCUCCGUCCAGGGCGGAGGAGGCCGCUGCCUAGGGCCGUGCUGCGAGCUGCCGCCCUGCGACUGAUGCGAGCGAUGCGCCGCCAUCAUCAGAUUGAGCGAGAGCUGCGGGCGCUGCGCCGCGAGACGCACCGGUUCCUGCUGGGCCUGGUGAAUGACCCGGCGGCCCUGCAGCUGUCGGUCCCAGCACCAGAGGCUGACGACCGACUGCCACCGGCUGAAGAUCGACUGACGUCGUCUGUUCCUACAGAGAGCAGGCUGCCCUCGAGGCUGCCCGUUCAGCAAGAGAUGCAGACCCUGCGACCACCACAGAAUCUGCCUAUUCGCCCACAGACGCAACCCCUGCGACCGACACAAGACGAGUCCCUGCAGCCGACGGCCCCGACACUGCACAAAAUCGACACCGGCGAAGGCUCAACUCUCGCACACGCGCGAUCGACGCAGACCCCUCUCGUUUUGACGCCGAUGGUGUUCACUGAUGUUGAAUCUGGCGGCUGUGCCACCGCGCUUGAACAGCGGUUCGGUGAGGCCAUCAGUGGUGCUGCCAGGUCUGGUCGGGGUCGCAUCAGGUCACACCCCAGGGAACUGGGGGAUGGGAGUGACCCUUUGGCCGUCAGGUCACAUCCUGACGAGCUUGCGGGCAGGAGUGCCUGAGGAAGACUUGCGAGCGAAUGGCGAUGCUGCCGGCAGCAAAUGUGUGGUAGUUUUUAAGUUUGUACGUAACGUUUUUGUAUUGCGUUUUUGUAUAGCUUACGUAUUUUGAUGGAUACAGAUGGUUCAUGCG